ACACACUUGGAAAUUAUUACUCCAGUACAGAAAAACAAUUCUCCUCCUCCCUCCUCUCUCUCCCUCUCUCCCCUCUCUCUCACUAAAAAAUUCCACUAAACGUAACCCUUUCUUCGGCCUCAGCCGCACUGCUCUAUUCUAUUGUGCGCCUCCACCGUCUUCUUCUUUCUUCUUCCUCAUCCUCAUCCUCGCCCUAGGGUUUUCAAAACCCUCCACUCAUCCACGCCCUUUUCACGUCUUCGGAGCUGGAUAAAGAUAUCUCCAUGCGCCGUCGUUUCAGCCCUUUCGUCGAUUAGACUUUCUCCCUCUUUAACUCUCUCUCUCCCCCCAUCGGUGAUCCAUACGAGCUCCGGAUUUCGGCCGUUAGGGUUUCAUUUCCUCAACACCUGGUAUGAGCUCCUGCUGCGUGUGGUGUCGAGAUAAGGUUCGAUUAGGGCAGGGCUGAUACUCUCGGGCGGGCUUUGGAUGGCAUUGGGAGAUUUCAUGGCAUCUCGAUUCUCGCAAUCCCCGGUAGUGGCCGCGGUCUCGAAUCAUUUCGACGAUUGCUCGAUCGCCGAUGACGUGGAUUUGGUUGGGCGCCAGACAACGGAUAGGGAUAGGGACAGGGAUUCCGAGACCGCGAGCAGUAGUUAUGGCAACGGUGUUACUGCCACUGCCACGAGCAUGGCGUAUUUUCCGCAGACUAUUGUUUUGUGCGACCUAAGACACGAGGCAUUCGAGGUUCGUGUUCCAUCCGGUCCGGCCGACAGUGGGUUGGUCUCGAAAUGGCGACCGAAGGACCGAAUGAAGACGGGAUGUGUUGCACUUGUUCUCUGUUUAAACAUUAGCGUUAGCCCACCGGAUGUAAUUAAGAUAUCUCCUUGUGCCAAAAUGGAGUGCUGGAUAGAUCCAUUCUCCAUGGCCCCUCGAAAAGCACUUGAAACAAUUGGGAAAACAUUGAGUCUUCAGUACGAGAGGUGGCAACCACGGGCUCGCUACAAGUACCAAUUGGAUCCCACUGUGGAAGACGUGAGGAAACUUUGUACGACAUGUCGCAAAUAUGCCAAAUCUGAGAGAGUUCUGUUCCACUAUAAUGGACAUGGUGUGCCGAAGCCAACUUCUAAUGGUGAAAUUUGGCUGUUUAAUAAGAGUUAUACACAGUAUAUCCCGUUGCCGAUCAGUGACCUAGAUUCCUGGUUAAAGACCCCGUCAAUCUAUGUCUUUGAUUGCUCUGCUGCUGGGAUAAUCGUCAAUACCUUCAUAGAGCUUCAGGGUUGGAGUACGUCUUCUGGAUCUUCCACGAGGGAUUGCAUCCUGCUUGCCUCCUGUGAAGCACAUGAGACUCUUCCUCAGAGUGCUGAAUUUCCUGCUGAUGUGUUCACAUCAUGUCUCACAACACCCAUCAAGAUGGCAUUGAGAUGGUUCUGCACUCGUUCAUUACUUCGUGAUUCUCUAGAUUAUUCGCUUAUAGAUAGAAUUCCUGGCCGGCAAAACGACCGUAAAACACUUCUGGGAGAACUGAAUUGGAUAUUUACAGCAAUCACGGACACGAUUGCUUGGAAUGUCCUCCCGCAUGAUCUUUUUCAGAGAUUAUUUAGACAAGAUCUGCUAGUUGCCAGUUUGUUCCGAAAUUUUUUACUUGCUGAGAGAAUAAUGCGUUCGGCAAAUUGUUCCCCGAUUUCAUAUCCUAUGUUGCCACCUACUCAUCAGCAUCAUAUGUGGGAUGCCUGGGACAUGGCUGCUGAAAUCUGCCUUACUCAGCUUCCGACUUUGCUGGAGGAUCCUAACGCUGAUUUCCAGCCAAGUCCUUUUUUCACAGAACAAUUAACAGCUUUUGAGGUGUGGCUUGAUCAUGGAUCUGAACAUAAGAAACCGCCUGAGCAGUUGCCUAUCGUUCUUCAGGUUUUACUUAGUCAAUGUCAUCGGUUUCGUGCACUUGUGCUUCUGGGAAGAUUCCUCGAUAUGGGUCCCUGGGCCGUAGAUCUGGCCUUGUCUGUUGGAAUAUUUCCAUAUGUUCUAAAGCUGUUGCAAACUACUACACCAGAGCUGCGGCAGAUUCUUGUGUUUAUAUGGACUAAGAUCCUUGCACUUGAUAAGUCAUGUCAGGUCGAUCUGGUAAAGGAUGGGGGGCACACUUACUUCAUAAGGUUCCUUGACAGCGUGGAAGCAUAUCCAGAACAGCGCGCAAUGGCUGCAUUUGUUUUGGCUGUCAUUGUAGAUGGACACCGGCGGGGUCAGGAGGCCUGUAUUGAAGCUGGUUUGGUAUAUGUAUGUUUGAAGCACCUCCAGAGUUCAACUCCAAAUGAUUCGCAAACUGAACCCCUAUUUCUUCAGUGGCUGUGCCUCUGUCUUGGAAAGUUAUGGGAAGAUUUUACAGAGGCACAAACAAUUGGUUUGCAGGCAGAUGCCCCAGCUAUUUAUGCACCUCUACUCUCUGAGCCCCAACCUGAGGUGAGAGCAUCGGCUGUUUUUGCUCUGGGCACUCUGCUUGAUGUUGGAUUUGACUCAUCUAGAGAUGCCGUUGGGGGAGAUGAAGAAUGUGAUGAUGAAGAAAAAGUUAGAGCUGAGAUCAGUAUUGUUAAAAGCCUUCUAAAUGUUGUUUCCGAUGGAAGCCCACUUGUACGGGCAGAGGUUGCUGUAGCUCUGGCACGGUUUGCUUUUGGCCACAACAAGCACUUAAAGUCAAUUGCUGCGGCAUAUUGGAAACCUCAGUCUAACUCUGUUCUCAGCUCCUUACCUUCUUUGGCCAUCAAGGGUACAGGAAGUGGUUAUUCUACUCCAACGCAGUAUUUGCCACACGGAAGCAUGGGUCCUACCCAAAUGGGUCCUCUGUUGAGAGUUGGUGGAGAAAACCAAUCCGUGGUCCGAGAUGGGAGGGUUUCCACCAGUAGCCCACUUGCUACUUCAGGACUAAUGCAUGGGUCUCCAUUGUCUGAUGAUUCAUCCCAGCAUUCCGAUUCUGGCAUACUCAAUGACUGCAUGAGCAAUGGUGCGGUACACCACACAAGGCCUAGACCUCUUGACAAUGCAUUGUAUUCUCAAUGUGUAUUGGCUAUGCUUACAAUAGCCAAGGAUCCAUCACCACGUAUUGCCAACCUUGGUCGGCGAGUACUUUCCAUUAUUGGGAUUGAACAGGUGGUGGCAAAAUCUGUGAAAUCCAUUGGAAGUGUUCGACCGGGUGAACCCCCUACUCCAGCUCCAAGUCUUGCUGGCUUAGCCCGUUCGUCUUCUUGGUUAGAUAUGAAUGGAGGUCAUUUGCCCCUUACAUUUAGAACUCCUCCAGUUAGUCCUCCUCGACCAAGUUACUUGUCAGGAAUACGAAGAGUUUGUUCGCUAGAGUUCCGGCCACACCUAAUAAAUACUCCUGACACGGGAUUAGCUGAUCCACUUUUAGGUUCUGGUGGUGCUUCUUCUGGGGUUUCAGAGCGUAGUUUUCUUCCACAAUCAACCAUCUACAAUUGGAGUUGUGGUCACUUCUCGAAACCACUUCUUACAGCAGCAGAUGAUAGUGAAGCAUUAAUGGCUAGAAGAGAGGAGAGAGAAAAAUAUGCCCUGGACCUCAUUACAAAGUGUCAGCGUUCUUCUGUUAACAAAAUACAGAACCAAAUUGCUAGUUGGGAUACAAAAUUUGAUUCGGGCACCAAAACAGUGUUGCUGCAACCUUUCUCUCCAGUUGUUAUUGCUGCCGAUGAGACCGAACGAAUCAAAAUAUGGAAUUAUGAGGAAGCCACACUUCUCAACAGUUUUGACAAUCAUGAUUGUCCUGACAAAGGAAUAUCAAAGCUCAGCCUUCUGAAUGAGCUUGAUGACAGCUUGCUUCUUGUUGCCUCAAGUGAUGGGAAUAUCCGAAUUUGGAAAGAUUACAAUGUAAAGGGUAAACAAAAGCUUUUAACUGCAUUCUCUUCAAUUCAAGGUCACAGACCUGGUGUGCGCAGUGUGAAUGCGAUUGUGGACUGGCAGCAGCAGUCUGGGUAUCUGUAUGCCUCUGGUGAAAUGUCAACUAUUAGGGUUUGGGACUUGGAUAAAGAGCAGCUUGUUAAUUCUGUUCCUUCCUCAUCAGAUUGCAGCAUCUCAGCUUUGUCUGCUUCUCAAGUUCAUGCGGGUCAAUUUGCAGCUGGGUUUGUGGAUGGUUCAGUCAGACUGUUUGACAUUCGAACCCCUGAGCUACUCGUAUGUCUGACGCGACCACAUGCUCAGAGAGUAGAAAGAGUUGUGGGGAUAGGCUUUCAACCUGGACUUGAUCCGGCAAAGAUUGUCAGUGCAUCUCAAGCCGGCGAUAUUCAGUUCCUUGACAUCAGACGCCAGAAGGACACGUACUUGACAAUUGAUGCUCACAGGGGCUCGCUUACGUCUCUAGCUGUUCAUAGACAUGCCCCCAUAAUUGCCAGUGGCUCUGCCAAACAGCUGAUCAAAGUCUUCAACUUGGAGGGUGAACAAUUAGGGAGCAUACGAUACUACCCCACCUUCAUGGCCCAGAAAAUAGGUUCUGUAAGUUGCCUCACCUUUCACCCCUACCAACUGCUGCUUGCAGCUGGUGCAGCCGAUGCCUGUGUCUCCAUCUACGCCGAUGAAAUAUCUCCCCCACGAUAAAUCGCCAUCAUUUUCUCUCCCCUAAGAAGCUUUCAAGUAAAUGAGGCAACGGGUGUAUUGGUUCAAAUUCGCAGUGGGGCCCAUGGUGCAAAUUGUGUGGUAUAUAUUCAUUAGCCUUCAUAGAUUGGUCAUACAGGUCUGGAAGAAAUCCGGAACAUAUCUCCGGAGGCUUUGACAAAAUAAUCUGAUAUGUAGGUAAAAAGUGAUGUAAAUAUUCUCUGUUUUUUUUUUUUCUCCUUUUUAUUAUAAUUUGUGCUUCCCCCCCUUUUCUGGUGUGUUAUAUAUUUCCCCUUCCUCCCAAUCCCUUUGUUCCAUUUGUAAAAUCAGAAUAUUCCUCAUUAUUAUUAAUGCAAGUUUCUUUUUUUUUUUU